AUGGCUGGUAAAACUUCACUUGCACAACUUCUUGAAAAACAACUUUUGACUGAUUGUCCUGAUAUGAGAAUCAUUAGAAUUUCAUUAUUGUGGAUGGAGGAUGAUGAUCCAAAUUGGAAAUUUUCUGACCACUUCAGUUGGCUCAUGAGAGGAACUGGUUGGCAUCAAUUUGUAGCAGAAUGUUCACAUAUUGAAACUGUUUUAAUUGUUGAUGAGGAUAUCCAACAAUAUAGUAGACUAUAUAUUGUAGCAUUUGCAUCUUAUGGUUAUCAUGGUGCAUAUGAUUAUAGUCCAAACAGUAAUGAUAUUAUGAAAGUUUCACCUUUUCAACUGAGUGAACAUAGCACAUGGGGAUUGAAAGAGAUUUGGUUCACUUCUGAAGAAUACAAUGAUUAUGUAACAAAUUUCUCUAGAAGCAAGUUGAAUUUAUCAUCACAACAGGAUGAAGAUAAUUUGCUAAAUUAUAUUAGACAAUGUACUUUAUGUCACCCAGGAUUAGUCACAUUCAUAUUAAAUCACAUAUUUGAAGGAUUUAUAUCUCAGAUUAAACAAAAUGGAAAAAGAUUAACAUUUUCUGAAAUAUUUAAAUAUUUAAAAUCAUAUAAUUUUUAUGCAAAUUUAAUGGGAACCAGGGCUGCUCUUGGCCUUAAAAACAUGGACAAAGAUGAAACAUAUUUAUGUGAUACUGUAUUGUUUAAUCCAACUGGAAUACCAAUCCGUCUUGAGACAGUCCCUAAUUAUGGACAUUUAUAUAAGACCAAUUUAUUAUCAAUUGUAGCUUCUGGGCCCAAUUAUUAUGAUAAAUUCCUUGAUUUUGCAGCUCCUUUACUUAGAGUUGCAUAUUUGCAAACCAGAGUGGGUUCAACAAAUCAUUCAACUAAAGCACCAGAAACAUUUAGAGAUUUUUUGAAAUUGACAUUUGUCAAUAUGAAUCCUGAAACUCUUUGCAGAUCCCUUGGUGUUGGUAGUGAUGAUUGGGCAAUUGAACUCUUACGUGACAGUCAGAACAUUAAAGAACACAUUAAUAGAUUUCAAAAAGGUGGCAAAUAUGAUUCAAUCAUUGAUAUUGCCAAAGAAUAUGUGGUUAUCAAUAUAACCCAGGAUAAACGACAUUCUUCAUCUUUUUCUGGAAAGAACUACAUAUAUAUAGAAUUUAACCAAGACUUUAAUAAGGUGGUUAUGAAUUUUCCAGAUGGGGAGAAAACAGAAAUGUCUUUAGGAGGUAGUGGAAUAUUAAAUGUUGAAAUGCAAAUUUGA